AUGCAUCACGUCCUCUCUACAAUUGCACAUGUCAAGCGGGCACUCUCGGAGACAAUUGUGAGACGAUUGUUAACUGACUUGUUGAGUAAUCCGACGAAUAUCAAAGACAUGGUGCCAUUCAUUCUCGGUUUGGAGACGGAAGAACAACGCAUGAGCAUGAGCUGGGACUAUUCCGAUAUGUUUUCAUGGGCAUCUUACGAAGAGAAAACCCUGCAAUUAGAACGAGAUCUCUACAAAUGGAAUGAUGUGACACUAGGCAAUUGCUUCACAUUCAAUCAUCGAAACAACACCGAUGCUCAAUAUUUGGGAAGAAUGACCGGCAUUAUGGGAGGCUUUCUGGCGUCAUUGAAAAUCAAUAGUAACGAGUAUUGCCCUUGGGUGGAUACAAUGGGAAUACAGGUUUUUGUGCAUCCAGCUGAAGAGGAUAUCUUCUCCGAAUCAGUGAGCACGAUGUGUCAACCGGGUGGCCAAACGGAUAUUUAUCCAUUUAUGACAGCUUACACGCGUUUGGGCGGUCAAUAUGGAACUUGUAUCAAGGAGGCGAGCCAAGUGAAGCAAUACUUCUACACUGGCGCCUAUGCGACCGAUGGAUGUCUUCAAUCUUGCUAUCAACAAGCCUGUGAAAACAUUUGUGGUUGUAUGGAUCCCCGAUAUCCGAUGUCACAAACUGCGAGCGCUUGUGGACUCACGCAAAGAAAUUGUGUCGAUGAAGUGACAACGAAUCUCGGCGAUCCGACACGGUCCGAGUUUCCAUCA